ACCUCUGCCAGGCACAGGAUGCAUGUACCGGGCACCAGAGCAAAGAUGUCCAGCAUCUUUGCCUAUCAGAGUUCUGAGGUGGAUUGGUGUGAGAGUAAUUUCCAGCACUCAGAGUUGGUGGCCGAGUUCUACAAUACGUUCAGCAAUGUGUUCUUCCUCAUCUUUGGACCCCUCAUGAUGUUCCUCAUGCAUCCGUAUGCCCAGAAGCGUACCCGGUGUUUCUAUGGAGUGUCAGUCCUCUUCAUGCUCAUAGGUCUGUUCUCCAUGUAUUUCCACAUGACACUCAGCUUUCUGGGACAGCUGCUGGAUGAGAUCUCCAUCCUGUGGUUGUUGGCCAGUGGAUACAGUGUGUGGCUGCCCCGUUGCUAUUUUCCCAAGUUCGUCAAGGGGAACAGGUUCUACUUCAGCUGCCUGGUAACUAUAACCACUAUUAUCAGCACCUUCUUGACGUUCGUGAAGCCCACAGUCAAUGCAUAUGCUCUCAACAGCAUCGCCAUCCACAUCCUCUACAUUGUGCGCACAGAGUACAAGAAGAUUAGGGAUGAUGAUCUUCGGCAUCUGAUUGCGGUUUCUGUGGUCUUAUGGGCCGCUGCACUGACCAGCUGGAUCAGUGACCGUGUACUUUGCAGCUUCUGGCAGCGGAUUCACUUCUACUACCUGCACAGCAUUUGGCACGUCCUCAUAAGCAUCACAUUUCCUUAUGGUAUCGUGACCAUGGCCCUGGUGGAUGCAAAGUAUGAGAUGCCAGAUAAAACCCUCAAAGUCCACUACUGGCCCCGGGACAGCUGGGUCAUCGGGCUACCCUAUGUGGAGAUCCAGGAGAAUGACAAGAACUGCUGAGCUCUGCUGUAGUCUCUGCUCUCUGGCCAGCCACCGAGUCUCCUGUGUACUGAGGAUACAGGGCAGGACAAGGCUUUCAGUGGGCACACUUGCAGCACCCAUCCCCCGGCCCAUGCUCCUUGCCCUGCUCGUCAGCACAGGGUAGAUUUACUUGUGGCUCAGGGUACUAGUUUGGUGACUGAGGGACAGGGGCUGCCUGGUGUGUGGGAUGACUGGCCUGUGUCCACCUAUGAGACCACAGCUUCUUCAUGGCCACGGAUGUGGUGAACAGAUGGGUGUGUGGCUGAUACAGCACCUGCCUGAAGCAUAAUGCUUGCUCUCUGUCAGCUCGCACAUCUGGGACUGUUUAUGAGUGUUAUAGAUUCAACUGGAUCAUGACUGUAUUCUGGGAAACUGGGGAGUAUCCAAAGAACAUUCCAGGCCCCACCACCUACAGAUAGAUAUUCGUAUAGAGACCUCUUUGAACCACCACAUGCACUCAGGGCAAAGUGUUGAACAUGAGAGCCAUGAAUGAGGAUAAUAGAGGGCUAACCUGGGCAACAUCAUGGGGCACUUAGAGGAUAGGGUAUUGGGGAAAGGGUCUCCGUGAUGGCUAAGGACACAGAGUUAGACAUGCCAAAGCUUGAUUUUCUGCUCCACAGUAUUCAGCUUGCAUAGCCCUGAGGGAUGUGAUGUUUCAAAUGCUGUUUGUAAAUAAAAUGUCAUUCCCUCCUGGGACUUCUGUUGAUUAAAAUUAGGUCACGUGUGAAGUAUUUGGAAUAGCCUUGAAAAUAUCCACCCACCCACUUAUCAACCAUUCACCAUUUUAACAACCUAUCCAUCAACCCACCCAUCCAUUCAUCCACCUGUCCAUCCAUCCAUUCACCCGUCCAUCCAUCCAUCCAUCCAUCCAUCCAUCCAUCCAUCCAUCCACCCACCUUCUCUCCCUCUCUCUUUCCCCUCCUUCUUCCAUCUACCUCCCUCCUUAUAUCCAUCCAUUCAUUCCACCUCCCCCUUAAUCCACCUACACAAAUUAAAAUUGCAAGUGUGGGUUGCUCAGAUGGCUCUGAUGGCUUGCAGUUCAAUAUGAUGACCUGAAUCUGAACCCCAGAAUUUGCAUGAGAAAGAGAAUAGAAGGCAACUCCUACACAUUGUCUUCUGACCUGCACACACAUGCAGUAGCACACACAGUGUGGCAGGUGCAUAGACCAAAGUUUGUUUGUUUGGUUGGUUGGUUUUGGUUUUUCGAGACAGGGUUUCUCUGUAUAGCUCUGGCUGUCCUGGAACUCACUUUGUAGACCAGGCUGGCCUUGAACUCAGAAAUCUGCCUGCCUCUGCCUCUCAAGUGCUGGGAUUAAAGGCGUGUGCCACCACGCUCGGCAGACAAAGGUUUUUAACAUGUAAAAAAAUGCAAGUAAGGAGCUGGAGGCUCAGCAAUUAAGAGCACUGGCAGCUCUUGUAGAGGACCCAGGUUUGAGUCCCAGAACUCAUGUGGCAGUCCCAGGAGAUCCAACCUCCUCUCCUGGCAUCUAUGGGUCCUCACAGACAUGGUUCUCAGAUACACAUUCAGGCAAACAUUCACAUACAUAAAAUAAAAUAACCCACAAAUG